AUGAAAUAGAAUAAUCUCAAAUAUUAUCAAGUUUUUAUCUUAUACAACAUAAUUUUUUCACUCCAACUACAAAUUUUUGAGGUAUAAAAAAGUACAUAGACAGCUUUCACCAUAAUAACUUUUCCCGAUUAAUGCGAUACACCAUUUAGAUUUCAUAAUCAAUCCCAGAUCAUGUGUCUAAUGGGUUCAUAAAUUUACAAAAAGCUCUAUUUUGUUUUUAUGAAUCUUCGCAUAGUUAUUAUUAUAAGUUUUUCAAAGGAUUCAAUAACAUUACUAGUCAGAUUAUUCUAUCAUUUUUCAUGUCUUGUUCCCCUAUAAUCGAUAAUUUAUACUUCAUAGCAUUAUUAAACAGGAAAUUUUAGAAAUCAGAUACAUCAAAAAAUAAAUCUCCCUCUCUCUCUCUUUUUUUUAAAAUAAAUAUUCAAAAAAAGAAUUAUUUCCUUAUAGGAUAUAAUAUUAAAGUGCGGCUUCGAUUGUUUCUUAAAAAACCUAUAAUUACUUUAAAUAUUGCAUAAAAAAUUAAUUUAUGUUGAAUAACAUUUUAAUGGAAAAAAACAAGAUAUUCCUUAUCUAAAUGAAAAAGUAAAGUAAUUUAAUCAAAUCAAAUUUCAAAGAUAUAUGAAAAAAAGAGCAGUUAAAACUAAAUACUUUAUUAAAAAUUAUGAAAACAAAACUAAAUAAAAAAUUUCAUUGAAAGUUUAAUUAAAAGCAAGUUAAAUGCGAAAAAAUUAAAAAGAAAAUUUAAUUAAAAAACAACAUCAGAAUUAUAGGAAAAAUAACAAAAGAUUUUUAAUUAAAAGAUAAUAAAUUGCAGAAAUAGGAAAUCUAUCGAACAAUUUAAUUUUUAGAUCAGCUUUAAUCAAAUAUUAUUUUUCAUUUGUAUUUAUUUAAAAAAUUUUAAGCGUUGAAUUUAUAAAAAUAUUUUGA